UUUUCUUAAUUUAAAUAUUAGUGCGCUGCUACUACCAAGAACAUGGCGGCAUGUCACGUGACUUCAGACGUUAAUAUCAAACGGACCGAUUCGGAAUGCCACUACUGGUUAUACAUAUACUGUGGUAAUUUCGUGUAACAAAAAUUUUGGAACCUACAGAAGCAUCAAACGGACCGCACCCAUCAUUCGUGACGCACACUGCAAGUUUUAUUUAGCUUGCCCACAGGGUUUCGCAAUAUAAUGUAAAAAUAAAUUUUGAAUGUGAUCACACUUUCUUCCUUUUUAUUACGUACUGAGGACCACAGUUUACCGUAGUUCGCACGAUGAGGAGGGUCACAUGGCGAGACAAUGAUCGGGAUUUCCGGCAACCACUACCAGGUGGAGAAACAACAGGAGCUGAAUUAACGUAUGCUCUGUAUGAAACAAAAACAGAAUUCCAACCAUUGCCAGGAUCAAGUUAUGAUCCUAAUAUUAAGGACCUGCAAUACUUUCGAGCUCAUCAAAAGAUUGACUGUGACGAAGUGUAUCCUAGAAUAUAUAUUGGCAAUGGCGUGACAGCAAAGAACAAGAAGUAUCUUGAAAUGCUAGGUAUAACUCACUUACUGAAUGCCGCCGAGGGGAAAAGAUUUGGAUUUGUCAACACGGAUAGUGAUUAUUAUGCAGAUACAAAUAUCAAAUAUUACGGUAUUCUAGUCACAGAUUUACCUACAGCAGACAUUAGUAAAUACUUCUACACAGUAGCUGAUUUUAUUGAUGAAGCAAUGUCCACAGGAGGUAAAGCUUUCGUACAUUGCAUGCAGGGUGUAUCUCGCAGUGCCACUUGUGUCCUUGCAUAUUUAAUGAUAAAAAAGAAAAUGUUAGCAGUCGACGCCUUGCGAAUGAUCCGUGUAUGUCGAGAUGUCCAUCCAAACGCUGGUUUUCUCGAACAAUUAGCACGAUUAGACAAUCGUUUGCGCAGACAACAAUUGAAGUCUCGUUGUUGAACAUGUAAUUAUCACGAACCUUGCCAAAUAUAUGUGAAAAUUUUAAUGUUUCUUUAA